AUUUUGACACGUUUGUUUCAUCGUAGAUCAAAGGCUAAAGGACUAUAUAGAAACUCCAAGCAUGCAGUUCAUCACUUUGAAAAAUGUCACGAGAAGGGACGGAGAGUUCUAUUGCCACGGAAUCCCAUAUGCAGAUUUCGAUCGAACUGGUCAUUGGGGUAUAUGGAACAUUGCACGCAUGUUCGAAGCUUGCAGACGAACGGUUUCUCAUAAAACUAAUUUCUUCUUGCGUGACACGAAAGGAACUUUCGCUUUUGCAUAUGUAGUUCGAAGACAGACGUUUAAGCUUAGUCAAAAGAUUCACGACAACAUUAGUCUUUUUUCUCGUUUUCUACCUAAAAUAACAUAUAAAAUGGUAGAAAUUGGCAAUUCCUCAUUUACAGUACACAACGAACUUUACGAUGAUUUCUCUGGGUCCAGUGAAGUUUUUGCUGAAAAUUUUACACGAAUUGUGAAAAUCAACUGGGAAAAGAAACAAUCGACGGAGUUAUCCCGUGAAAUGAGAGAGGAACUGGAGGAUAUCUAUCGUAGUCCUUCUGAAAUAUGGCAGAACACGACGGUCUUCCCUGAUAGAACAAAUGAUAUUCCUAUUUAUACCUUGUCUCUUCGUGUUCCUUUCAGUGAUACGGAUAGCUUACAACAUAUAACACACGUAAUGUACAGUAAAUACUGCACCGAUUGUGCCACCAAUGCCAUAAAUGCUGGCUUCUAUCGUCACUUCAAAGACGAUAUUUGCUGGUACCCUAUCCUUGAAAUGGACAUCGAAUACCUUGGGGACGCUAUAGAAGGGGAGAUCAUCGAUAUUCACACAUGGCAGGGUGAAAACCCCCAGCAUCUCUAUUUUGAGACAAAGACAAAAGGAAAAAUUAUCAACAAAGCGAUGUUUGUCAUAGGACUAGAAAAGUCCAGAAAAAACAGACAUUCGAAAAUGUAGCAUAAAUAAACGCAGACACUUAAAAAUGCUACCUCCAUAACAAUCACAAAUCUUUUACUGAAACAUUGCAUCAUUUAUAUAGUUUACUAUUCAAGUGGCAAAAGUCGUAAGUGCAUAGUUUUUGACUUGCAGUAUAAAAUUUAAAAAAUAAAAUU